GGACCAAUGGGGCCACUCAGUUCAAAAGCGUUCUCCAUAUAAAGCAGGGAAAACUCGGCGGAAAACACUAGACGCGAACGCGUGGGGCAAACGCAAUGUUGAAGUCUCAGUACUAAUUUUUUCGUGUUGUUUUCAUGAAGAAAAUGUGGGAGUGCUGUUGGUGCAAUUUUUUUUAUUCUUUUUUGUGUUUCGCUGUCAUUCAAAGCGAUGCAACAGUCUCGAGAAAAAUCGCAGCGCGUGAAACUUCCAUAAAGACGUACAACGUUGGAGUGUUAAUGGCGUCUCACUUGGAUAGUCCCUUUGACUUGGAGCGUUGUGGACCCGCUGUGGACCUGGCACUGGCCGAAGUCAACGAAUUUCUCAGGCUCCGUAAUGUCCAGCUGCGGAAAGUUCAAGCUAGCUAUCCGUCGUGCAGUGGAGCCAGGGCGCCCGGAUUAGCUGCUGACAUGCAUUUUCGGGAUAAUGUAAUUGCCUUCGUCGGGCCAGCUUGUGCUUUUGCCCUGGAACCUGUUGCUAGACUCGCGGCGUAUUGGAAUACUCCUAUUAUUACGGGAAUGGGUGAUCAGCCGCCAUCGGAGGGCGAAUUAUCCGUGACUUCCGGUAUCCUUGGACGCCUGCACAAGUGGAAAAACGAGAGUUCGGGGAUUUUCAAAGAUAAGAGUAAAUAUCCCACCCUCACGCGGAUGUCGUACUGCCAGUGUCGGCUUCGAAUGGUCUUUGCGAGUAUUUUCAAGGAGUUUGGCUGGGCUCACGUGGCCCUCAUCCUGGACAGAUCGGAUUUAUUUUCGUUGACUGUUGGAAAGAAUCUCGAGUACGGUCUGAGGAAGGACGGUUUGCUCAAGUUCGUGAGGGAAUUGGAUGGAAAUUCGGAGGACGAUUCUUAUCACCUGUAUUUGAGGGAUGCCAGCAUGUAUGCCAGGGUGGUGAUCCUGAGCGUGCGAGGCACUCUGGUUCGCAAGUUUAUGCUCGCUGCCCAUGAAUUGGGAAUGACCCGGGGGGAUUGGACGUUCUUGGAUGUGGAAAUAAUCCAGGGAUCAUACUGGGGUGAUCAUGACUGGGAAGUGGGGGACGAGGACGACUCUACUGCGAGGAAAGCAUACGAGUCAUUGUUGCGAGUGUCCCUCUUGCAACCGACGAGUCCGAGAUUUCAAGAUUUUGCCGAGGAUGUUAAAAUACGGGCGCAGAGUGAUUAUAAUUACACAUUUCCCGAUGGAGAAGAAGUGAAUUUCUUCAUUGGAGCGUUUUACGACGGCGUUUUCCUCCUUGGCAUGGCCUUAAAUGAAUCCCUGUCAGAAGGCGCUGACAUAUGGGAUGGUUUUGCGAUGACCCGACGCAUGUGGAACCGCGACUUCAUGGGAAUUACAGGUCACGUUCGCAUAGACGUGGACGGCGAUCGUGACGCUGACUACAGCAUCCUGGAUCUGGAUCCGAUCACAGGGAGGUUCGAGGUGGUGGCUCACUACCUCGGAGCUAUUCGUCAGUACAGCCAAGUAUCCGGCAAGAAAAUUCACUGGCCUGGUGGUAGGGAGGGACCACCAGCGGACAUUCCAGAGUGCGGCUUCCUGGGGAAUGAUCCAGCCUGCUCGCAGAAGACUGAUGCUUAUGCACUGGUACUCUACGCCAGCCUCUCUCUAGCUAUAUUUCUUCUAACUGUGGUGGCCGCUGCCUGUCUCCUCUGGCGACAUCUGCGAUUGUCCGCCGAUCUGAACAAUAUGUCCUGGAGAAUCAGACCUGAGGAACUGCUGCUCGAGGUCAACAGGGCUUUCUCUUCCAAGAUUAAUCUCCAUCAGGCCAUGUCAGACGCUAAUAAUUAUGGGCUUGAGCAACGUCGCCGUGGAUCACAGGUGAGUGGCGAUUCUCUAGGCCCCACCAUCGUGUUCACCACCGUGGGAAUAUACAAAGGUGAACGUGUGGCGAUUAAAAAGAUCACGAAGAAGAAAGUGGUUGAUGUGACGAAAAAAUUACUGUGGGAGAUAAAGCAAGUGCGGGAUGUUACCUCCGAGAAUACUGUCAGAUUCAUCGGAGCAUGUCUUUGCUCUCCCUCCCCUACAGUCCUAAUCCUCACGGAGUACUGUCCGAAGGGUUCAUUGAAGGACGUCCUAGGGAAUGAGGCUAUUAAACUGGACUGGAAUUUUCGAAUGUCCCUUAUUCACGACAUCGUUAAGGGUAUGGAUUACCUUCACGCGAGUGAAGUCGUUGCACACGGUAAACUGCGAUCGUGCAAUUGCCUCAUUGAUGGUAGAUUUGUCUUGAAAAUAUCGGAUUUUGGGUUGAAAACACUGACAAUGCCGGCUGAUUUGACCAUUGACGAUAAUUAUUACACAAAAUUAUUAUGGGUGGCACCUGAGCUAUUACCUCAAACAGUUCUCCCCGGAAGUGCAGCAACGCAAAAAGGGGAUGUUUACAGUUUCGCCAUUAUUUUAGAAGAAAUAGUUCUUCGCGGAGGCCCUUACGACGUCGCAAAGACCCACAUGACCUCCCAAGAGAUUGUGAAUCGCGUAUCGUCGGCUGAAAAUCCAAGUUUUCGACCGGAAGUUGCACCCCGAGAUUGCCCCCUGGAUAUUCUCAGCCUAAUGGAAAAGUGCUGGAGUGAGGGACCCGAGGACAGGCCGAGUUUCCACACAAUCCGAGGGAUAAUAAGAGGGAUAAUGAAGGGAUACUGCGAGAACCUCAUGGACGAUCUUCUCCGACGAAUGGAGCAAUAUGCGAACAACUUGGAGGCACUGGUGGAGGAGAAAACUGAACAAUUGAGUUUGGAGAAGCGGAGAAGUGAGGAGCUGCUGUACCAAGUUCUCCCAAGACAAGUUGCCGGCCAAUUGAUGGCAGGAGAACUUGUCCAACCUGAGCAAUUUGAGUGUGUCACCAUCUACUUCAGCGACAUCGUGGGCUUCACCGCCCUCUGCGCCCAAAGCACGCCCAUGCAGGUGGUGGAUUUCCUGAAUGACCUGUACAGCACCUUCGAUCGCAUCAUUGGUUUCUAUGACGUUUACAAGGUGGAGACGAUCGGGGAUGCCUACAUGGUGGUGUCGGGACUGCCCCAGAGGAAUGGAGAUGAGCACGCCAAGGAGAUCGGACUCAUGGCCCUCGCCAUCCUCGACGCAGUGGCUUCCUUCAAAAUUAUGCAUAAGCAAGACUCACAGCUCAGCGUCAGAAUUGGGGCCCAUAGUGGGCCUGUCUGCGCUGGCGUCGUUGGCCAAAAAAUGCCGCAUUACUGUCUUUUUGGAGAUACCGUUAAUACUGCAUCCAGAAUGGAAUCCUCUGGAUUACCUCUUCGCAUUCACGUAUCAGAGGCGACUAAAAAUAUUCUCGACAAAUUUGGAACUUUCGAGCUGGAAUUACGAGGGGAAGUGGAACUGCGUGGCCGGGGUACUGUGACUUCCUACUGGUUGACAGGCUGCUCGACCCCAGAUCCAAGGCUGCCAUCCCCGAAAAAUCGAAAAUACAGUACGAGUCCCCCUGAAAAUGGCUCAGCUCUAAAUCCUCUCAUAUUCCCACCGAGUCUGAACACCAUCUCCAAAACAGCGAAUAAUACGUUCAUUAAUUUAUCAGAGUUAUGAGAAAUUGGACUGAAGAAUUUUAUUUCAGCGGGAGUAUUGUGAUGUUAGCAGAAUAAUAAUUCAAUAUUCAGCGAUUUUAAUUUAUAAGCCGUGAACUAAUUUCGCAGGGAAUGAGGUAAUUAGGGGGGGGGGGGAGGUAUUCACUGAUUUAAACGAGAAAGGGAAAUUAUCCACCAGAUGGUAUAUUUAAUGAGAUUUGCUUUAUUCAAAUUUCAGUUACAUUAAUCAUAGAAGAUAGAGGUUCAUCUAUGACAUAUGCUAAAUGUAAACGGCUCUGAACGGCGCAGAUAAGCCCUAUGAAUAAAAUAUCUCCAAAUUUUCUAAUAAAAAAAAAUAGAAUAAUAGAAGAAAAACACUCCAUAAUUUUAAUUAAAUUCUUCUAAUAGGCUGUUACGGGAAAACUAUAUCGCUUUAAAAAUAGGAAAGACGUGGUUACCUAUCAGUCUACCAGAAAACAAAAAAAAAACAAAAAAGUGUAUUUGUUAAAUAGUAAUUUAAUAAAAAAAAAUCGUAGGAGUGGUGCAAGGACAGCACUAUUCAUGGCUCUAGAUUUUUAAAUUUCUUUAAAAAUAUUUUUGAAGAAUUGCACAAUGAUUUUCAUUCCAAUUUCCAAUUAUUGGAGACGAUAAUUUCAUAAUUAUCGAUUUAGUAGUGAGAAGCCGAUUUCACUUAAAGAAGAAUUUCAAAUAAAUAGCUUUAAAUAAAUAUCUCAAUAAAAAAAAUAUUAUAUCGAAAAUAAAAUAUUGAAAUCUAGAACCACUGCAAUCGUAAGUUAAUCGUCUACGUGUGCCUCAGCACUUUGCCCUGGGUUUAUAAAAUAAUAAAAAAAAAAGAAAAUAAAA